GCGAGCCUUACAAAAUAUCACGAGUUACCAGAGAUGAUGGGAGCGGAACGGGAGAGAGCAGUAGUCGCAGUUAGCCAGCUAAAGCUGAAGUUAAUGUAGUCUUGUUGACGUUUGGCGUUGCGAGUCUCCGGAGGACGCCAUGGCGAACAUUACCAAGAAAGUGUCCUGGUCCAGCCGAGGCGACGAGUCCGGGUCACCGUGGGAGGGAACUCCGCUGCUCAACGGUUCCGAGCAGCCCUCAGUGUCCAGACAGUUGUCUGGAGGAAGGAGUAUAUUUCAGAUAGGCAGACUCAGCACGGUGGAUUUGGAAGACGAAAUAACAGCAGAAGAGGACUCGAGAGGGCGGCCCAAAGAGAUCCCACACAAUGAGAAGCUGCUGUCACUUAAAUAUGAGAGUUUGGACUACGAUAACAUCGAGAACCAGCUGUUUCUGGAGGAGGAGAGGAGGAUGAGUUUCGGGGGCUUCCGUUGUCUGGAGAUCAGCCGCUGGGUGGUCUGUGGUCUGAUUGGCUUUCUGACUGGACUUGUCGCCUGUUGUAUUGACAUAGUGGUGGAGGAGAUGGCUGGACUCAAGUACAAAGUGAUUAAAGAGAACAUAGUUAAGUCCACAGAAGCAGGCGGGCUGUCCAUCUCUCUCAUCCUGUGGGCCGUCCUCAACUGUGCGUUCGUCAUGGUGGGAGCCAUCAUGGUUGCGUGUUUUGAGCCCAUAGCAGGAGGAAGUGGUAUUCCACAGAUAAAAUGUUACCUAAACGGAGUAAAGAUUCCCAGAGUGGUUCGACUGAAGACACUGGUGGUGAAAGUGUUAGGUGUGAUGUGUUCAGUAGUGGGCGGUCUCGCUGUCGGAAAGGAAGGUCCCAUGAUUCACUCUGGUGCUGUUAUAGCUGCAGGGGUCUCUCAGGGAAGAAGCACCUCCUUAAAGAGAGACUUUAAGAUGUUUGAAUACUUCCGGAGGGACACCGAGAAGAGGGACUUUGUGUCUGCCGGAGCUGCUGCGGGAGUUUCUGCUGCUUUUGGAGCACCCGUUGGCGGUGUUUUAUUCUCUCUUGAAGAAGGAGCUUCUUUCUGGAACCAGAUGUUGACGUGGAGGAUUUUUUUUGCCUCCAUGAUCUCCACCUUCACUCUGAACUUCUUCCUCAGUAUUUAUCACCACAAGCCCGGAGACCUCUCCAAUCCAGGUCUCAUCAACUUUGGACGCUUUGAGAGCGAAAUUAUGUCGUAUAAUCUCUACGAGAUUCCUUUGUUCAUCGCAAUGGGAGCGUUAGGUGGAUUUUUGGGAGCUUUGUUCAAUGUGCUCAAUUACUGGCUGACCAUCUUCAGAAUCAGAUAUGUUCAUCGGCCAUUUUUGCAAGUGAUAGAGGCCAUGUUGGUGGCUGCAGUAACUGUGGCUGUGUCUUUCACGAUGAUCUACUUCUCUACUGACUGUCAGCCUUUGGGCCCAGAACACAGUGAGGAGUAUCCUCUGCAGUUGUUCUGUGCAGAUGGAGAGUAUAACUCCAUGGCAAAAAUCUUCUUCAACACUCCAGAGAGAAGCGUGCGGAGUCUCUUCCACAGUCAGCCCGGAACCUACAACCCUCUGACUCUGGGUUUGUUCACUCUGACCUACUUCUUGUUGGCGUGUUGGACCUACGGCCUGUCGGUGUCGGCUGGAGUUUUCAUCCCAUCUCUCCUGAUCGGAGCCGCCUGGGGGAGGCUGUGUGGAAUAUUGCUUGCCUCUAUCACCUCAAGUGGCUCGAUCUGGGCUGAUCCUGGUAAAUAUGCUCUGAUUGGAGCUGCAGCUCAGUUAGGAGGCAUCGUGAGAAUGACUCUCAGUCUCACUGUCAUCAUGGUGGAGGCGACAGGAAACGUCACGUACGGCCUUCCCAUCAUGCUCGUCCUCAUGACUGCCAAGAUAGUAGGAGACUACUUUCAAGAAGGGUUAUAUGACAUCCACAUCAAGCUGCAGAGCGUUCCCUUCCUGCACUGGGAGGCUCCUGGCACCUCCCACUGGCUGACUGCCAGAGAGGUGAUGAGCUCUCCCGUCACCUGUUUGAACAGAAUAGAGAAGGUGGGGACCAUCGUUGACAUCCUCAGCGACACGUCCACCAAUCACAACGGCUUCCCCGUUGUGGUGAAGGUUUCUCAUAACAAUGAGCCGGCUAAGCUCUGCGGCCUCAUCCUGCGCUCUCAGCUCAUCGUUCUCCUCAAACACAAGGUGUUCGUAGAGCUGGCUCGGUCCCGGCUGAACCAGAGAAAACUCCAGCUGAAAGAUUUCAGGGAUGCCUACCCCCGGUUCCCCCCAAUCCAGAGCAUCCACGUGUCCCAGGAUGAGAGGGAGUGCAUGAUGGACCUCACCGAGUUUAUGAACCCAACACCUUACACCGUACCACUGGACACAUCUCUGCCUCGUGUGUUUAAGCUCUUCAGAGCUCUGGGACUCAGACACCUGGUGGUAGCAGAUGAUGAGAACAGGGUGGUUGGACUGGUGACCAGGAAGGACCUAGCCAGGUAUCACCUGGGCAAACACGGACUGGAGGAGCUUCAUUUGGCUCAGACAUAACACACACACACACACACACACACACACGCACUAAAACCACCUGAUGCCUCUGAGACCACCUGAGUCCUUCUCUGUUGAAAAUCUCCACGUGAAAUCGGUCUGAAAACAUCCUGAUAACUUUUUUAAAUGUUCAUUUUCAUUGUAGUUUCUUUGAAUUUUUCAUUCUUUGCGCAUCGUUUUAAUUGACAUUGUUGCAUUAAUUUGGAUUAAAUAACGAGAAAAACAGAAAUAAGCUGAUGUGAGUGAAUAGAAUUUUUUAUUGACCAAAACAUUUGUUUGUUUUAAUUUGUCCUCUCAUGGCAAAAAACUUUCAUGGUUAAUAAUAUAAUUGAAUGAUAAGAAAUUCAAAAUGUUUUUCUCCUUUGAUUAAAGUUAAAUUAUGGGUGUUUGCUGUUUCUUGCUCCCCCGUUUGUGUUUUUACAUCCUAUAAUUCGUUUGUUCCAUCACUUAUUUUUGCCUGAUGACAAACUUCUUUCAGCUCUUUAUUUUUUUCGUACGACUGUCAGAAAUAAUCAGAUCAACUCUCAAAGGUACAGACUUAUGUUUUCAAAUGACCUCCAAAUGUUUGCACUUUGACCUCCUUGAGAUUCUUAUCCAAAAAUGUUCCUCAUGCUGUCCUGUGUGAAUGUACAGCUUUAACACAUGUACUAAUUCAUGUCACCCAACAGAAUAUUUCAGGUAAUUACAUCUCCUUGGUUAUCAGUAUUAUUAUUUAGCAUACUUGAACCCUUCUUUGAUUUUGUUAUGUGGUCUUAUUGUAAAGAAUGUAAAAAUGUCUAAUUGUCUCUUUUAUAACCACUGAACAAGCCUUUGUGAAUUAAUAAAGUUGAAAUCUUAUCUAUUG